AUGGUCAAAGAUCUUACAUUCGACGUCCGUUACGACAACGAGCUAGCCCACGACUACUAUGGAGAUGGGAAAAAGCUAGCUGAUUAUAUGCGAAGGAUUUACCACGAUAAGAACCUUCACUUCCCCGAUGAAUUCGAUUCCACUUUAACUACCCCUCCGAUUCAUUUCAUGUCGGUGGAGGCAUCGGACGAAGCCGAUCUUGACGAUCUGAGGAACGUAAAUGUUCCUCCGGGCUUGAACAUUGAAAUCAUGGACCUCGAUAUGUAA